UUUCUUUGUUGUGUUUAUAUGCUGUGAGUCAGUCCAAAACCGUGAUAAAACCUCAGGAUCGAAACAAAAUUCAGUCGGUAACCAAAACUUCAAGUAUCGAGAUGGCUCUGGUUUCGGAUGAAGAGUGGGUGGAAUACAAAUCAAAGUUCGACAAGAGCUACGAGGCGGAGGAAGAUCUAAUGCGUCGUGAACUCUACGCUAAAGCCAAAGCCCGAAUUGAUGAACACAAUCGUAAAUUCGAGAAGGGCGAAGUGACUUGGAAAAUGGGAAUCAAUCAUUUGGCGGACCUCACCCCUGAAGAAUUUGCCCAGCGGUGUGGUGGCAGAGCUCCACCGCAUUAAAUAAUGAAAUCUCAACUAAAUCCCAUUUUUGAUAGCUUUUUAAAAGACAGUAAUCUCUCUGUUAUUGUAUAAAUAUGCAUUUGUAUCUUUUUACCCACCCCCAAAAUAAACAAUAAAUCAGCUGUUUUGUACUUUAAAAA